AUGCAACUAUCUGAUGUAGAACAAAUGUCAUUAAAGAGGAAAUAUCGAAACAGUGUUGAAACAGACACGUCGUCCACUUGCACUACAGAAGAGCAAAGCAGAUGUUUUAUUCGCAGCAUUGUGUCGCACCAUUUGAUUGUCAAGUCGUUGAUACAGAAUGUAACCAAGAUCCACAAGUAUGUGUUUCUGACACAGUUUGUGUUUACAAUCAGCCAUUCAUGUUUCUUAGCGUUCAACGUUUAUUACACGAAGAACCACACCAAGAUUCUGGUCAAGUACAGUCCCUACCUGCUGCUCUCUUAUUACUUGCUGUACAUUUUUUGUCACAACGGCCAACGACUCAGUGAUGCUUGUGAACGUUUAUUCUACGCCUUCUGUUGGUGUCCAUGGUACGAUUUCCCACUCAGUUAUCGCAAGUCACUGUUGAUUGCCAUGAGUGCUAACCUACAACCCACCGCGUUGACUGGUGGUGGACUGUUCAAAGCAACACUUGCUACAUUUGUGCAUGGUCUACAGCAAUCCGUGUCUUAUACUCUUCUCUUGAACCAAGUGGCUCCAGAAAAUAACUCACUCUAA